AUGGCAAGAGACAUUGGAGCUGCUUCAAUCAUAGAUAAUGACGCCGCUGUUAGGCGAAGAAGGCGGAAAAUAAUAAAAUCGUGCACCUUCUGUCGACAGCGAAAACUCAAGUGCGACCAUAAAAGGCCAAAAUGUGGUUCCUGUCUAGCUCGCAAACUCCCUGAGUGCAUAUACCUGGACACUCUCAACUUGCAACUGACCUCGACUGACCUAUACAGUAAUAAGCCUAAUGUUGCUCUCCUUCGGCGAAUACAAGAACUGGAGCUAGAGCUCGAUAAGACCUAUAUGGAUGACGCAAGUGAAGGUUCAGAAAAGGGCCUCAGUUCUGAAGCAGGCAGCCGAACUAGCACAUCAGGCAUAAGCGACACAGUAUUGUCCGGCGAGCCCUGUAGAAAUGAGGUGUUGAACUUUAAUGCCUUGCGUGUCAAAAAUGGGAGAUUUGUUUACUACGGACCUACAUCAAUUCGCGCCACCAUUAGUGCAUCAGGGGAGCGCUUUGUUGCGGAAUACAGCAAGUUUUGGGAUAGGGUAAAGUCUGACUUGGCUGAUUGGAAAACAGCCCAUGGUCGAUUUCCAACGAUGGAACAUAAUAUAAUAACAGCCCCACAAACAAGCAAUGUUCUAGAAUCCAUAAUUCCCGAUUUGCCUUGUUAUGAGGUUGUGGGACUGAGAAUCAAUGAGUUUUUCGAUGACCCCCUCCAUGAUUACUUCAGGUUUCUUGACAAGCAGAAAGUACUAGCUGAUUUUGCCCGUUGUUUUGUUCCAGGCUAUGCCGCGACGCCCGAAAUCGACGGCGUUCCAAAGCAGCAGGUUAUAAUGAUUGUUGCUCCGGAAAACAAAAAUUUUUACACUAUAGGAGUGAUUUUAAUGAUAUUAUGCCUGAACCAUUAUAAGACCGGCAUACCUGUGUCUAUUGAGCGUUUUAUCGUCACUUUGGAGGGGUUUACCAUGGCAAGCUCGAUGUUUGUGGAAAGAGCGCAACUUUUGCUAUUAGUCUACGUGUUCAGGGUUUAUAACGGGAUGGGCGGCAAUGGAAGUUCAAACUUAGUUUCAUUGGUGUCGCUUCUGACAUCUGCGGCUUUGAGAUUAGGCCUUCAUAAAGAUAUCGAUAUGAUGUAUGGUGGUCAGGAGCACCUUGUGGGAUCCUUGUACUCACUAAAAAACCUUUGGUACUGGACCUUGUUCGCAGAUUUGUGUGUUGCUUUUGACAUGGGUGUUCUAAUGAGCGUGACAUCCGCACACUUCGAUGAUUCUACUCUUCCUACAAGCGAGCGAGGUCGCAUUCCACUUUUGAGAAACUUUCUCUUUUUAGGUCGUAAGUGUAUGCAGUCAUUGCUAAAUCCCAACACUGCGCCUGAUCUGCACCUAAAAGCCGGUGAACUGAUUUCAUUCGUUGAGUCCCAAUUUCGGCCAAUACGAUUUUACACUAAUAUCGCUUUGAUAUCACAAGUGGACCUCUUUGAAGUUAUAAUAUUAUCACCCGCGCUCGCUAUGAUAACUAAUUUCUUUGACUUGAUGAGGAUUAUCGACUCGCAAAGGGAUACCCACAAGGAGAUGACCGUCUACUUGAAAAACAAGUUUGUUAAAUGCAUGCUUGUCGCAACCUCGUUAAUGGUGAAUACUAUAAUACAGUGCUACAAGCUCGACAAAGAGCGCUUGUCAGCAGCUAAAUUUAUACAGCUCAAACACCUUACUCCUUGGUUAAAUCUAUGCGUGCUAUUGCUGAACUCGUUUCCUAUCCGCGUGCUAACCGAGAUGUACGCACUCAUGCUUUACAAGAUAUCUUUAUUCGAAAAAGGGCAGAGAAUUACGGUGGACAAAGGCCAGUUUAGCAAUUUCCCAUCUCUUGACGACCUUUCGGUACCGCGAAACUCGUAUCUGCACUUCAAAGAUUCCUUUGAAGCGUUCUGCUCGACAUUUGAUGAAUUAUGGACACCUGAAAACACCGGGAUGAUCCAGAUACUCAUGAACUCCCAUUACUUUGUUAUCAUGAUGGCAUUAGAGCGCGUUAAUCGCAAGGUCUUCCAGCUGGCCCUCCAAAGCCGAACCGAGGUUGAGAAAGUUCACAACUGGCCAAAGCUCAUUCAGAAUAACGUCUCCGACGAUGUCAUCAAAAUGCUAGCUGACGAGGUUUGGAACAACUACAGCACUGGCUUGAGCGGACUGACAGAGAUGCCAGCCAGCGAUUUUUUAGCCAACCUUGAGAUGCCAGAUAGAUGA